AUGAGCCGCCAGUUUAGUUCACGGUCUGCAUUUAGCUCCAGGAGCAGACGGGCAUACAGCACCAGGUCUUCCUCGGGCUUUGGUGGUGGGAGUCGAGUUGUGAGGUCUGUGGGUCAGGCCCAGGGGAGGCAUGUCAGUGGUGGUGGUGGCUAUGGAGGGGGGUUUGGCUCCAGAAGCCUCUACAAUCUGGGUGGCAGUAAAAGCAUCUUUGGGAGCCUAGUGAGUAGAAGUGCCAGUGGUUUCUGCCAGGGUAGGGGAGGUGGAGGAGGGUUUGGAGGGGGCAGAGGCUUUGGGGGUGGAGGGCUUGGAGGCGGCAGAUUCGGAGGUGGUGGUGGCCUUGGAAGCUUUGGGGGUGCUGGAUUUGGGGCUAGUAAUUUUGGGCUUGGUGGCUUUGGUCCUUCUUAUCCGCCCGGGGGCAUCCAUGAGGUGACAAUUAACCAGAGCCUCCUUGAGCCACUUCACCUAGUGGUGGACCCUGAAAUUCAGAGGGUCAAGACCCAGGAGCGGGAACAGAUCAAGAUUCUCAACAACAAAUUUGCCUCCUUCAUUGAUAAGGUGCGCUUCCUGGAGCAGCAGAACCAGGUGCUACAAACAAAAUGGGAGCUGCUGCAGCAGGUGAACACCUCCACGCGGACCAGCAGCCUGGAGCCCAUCCUGGAGGCCUACAUCAGUGAGCUGCGGAGGCAGGUGGAUCUUCUCAAUACGGAACAGAUGCACCAAAACACGGAGAUCAGGAACAUGCAGGAUGUCGUGGAGGACUACAAGAGAAAGUACGAAGAAGAAAUCAAUAAACGGACCAACAGCGAGAAUGACUUUGUGGUUAUGAAGAAGGAUGUGGAUGCUGCUUUCAUGGACAAGACCGACCUGCAGUCCAAAGUGGACACGCUGUUUGGGGAGAUCAAUUUCCUGAAAUAUCUAUUUGACACGGAGCUGUCCCAGAUGCAGACCCAUAUCAGUGACACCAAUGUUGUCCUGUCAAUGGACAACAACCGCUCCCUGGACCUGGACAGCAUCAUCGAUGCUGUGCGCGUGCAGUAUGAGAUGAUUGCCCAGAAGAGCAAGGAUGAAGCUGAGGCCCUGUACCAGACCAAGUACCAGGAGCUGCAGGUCACUGCCGGGAGACACGGAGAUGACCUGAAGAACACAAAGAUGGAGAUCUCUGAGCUCAACCGCACCAUCCAGAGGCUGCAGGCGGAGAUCGGCAAUGUCAAGAAACAGAUUGAGCAGAUGCACUCAUCCAUUUCGGAUGCGGAGGAGAGAGGGGAGAGGGCGCUCCAGGACGCCAAGCAGAAACUACAGGACAUGGAUGAUGCCCUGCAGCAGUCCAAGGAGGACCUGGCCCGACUGCUGAGAGAUUACCAGGCAAUGCUGGGGGCCAAGCUGUCCCUGGAUGUGGAGAUUGCCACCUACCGCAAGCUGCUGGAGGGCGAGGAGAGCAGGAUGUCAGGAGAGCUGCAGAGCCACGUGAGCAUCUCGGUGCACAGCAGCCAGGUGACUGUAGGCGGCGGCGGCGGCGGCGGCUCCGGGGGCUACGGCGGCGGCUCGGGAGGAUACGGCGGUGGCUCCGGGGGCCACGGCGGCGGCGGCGGCGGCUACAGCAGCAGCAGCUCCCGCGGGGGCGGCGGCUACGGGGGAGGAGGCUCCCGCGGAGGCAGCUACGGAGGCGGCGGGAGCUACGGGGGAAGCAGCAGCAAGAGCGGCGGCAGGCACGGCGUCCGCGGCGGCGGCUCCUCGCGCGCGCAGAUCGUGCAGACGUCCACCCACAGCUCGCGCCGGCGCGUGGUGGAGUAGGCGCCUCCCCGCAGCCCCCUCGCCUAGCUCUUCCCCCAGCUCUCUGCAGGUUUCUCGGUCGCUUUGACUCUGGGUGGGGAAGCAGGGUGGAUCGGCUCACACACGGCUCUCUUCUUUGGAGGGUGCAGGCUUGAGGUCAAAGUCACAGUCACAGGCAUUCUCACUCGGGGUCCCCUUCACUAGCCCUGCCUCUGCCCCCAGAAACACCCAAGGGGCCUAGCUCUGCAGAGUGCUCAGAAAAAUUGCCUGCGGAACAGCCACAAGGUUAAUGGCCAACAUCGCUAAGGGUCUCAACCAGGGCUCCUUUCUUGCACCUCCGUAAACAAUAGCCCGCGCCUCAGGGUCCUUAUGAAGGAGUCCCAAGCACAAGCACGUUAGCUUGUGAAGGGAAACACAUGCGCCAAAGGCCAAUUGCUACCCUUGGUCUGUAGCCUGAAAUACUCAUUUUGAUGGCAAGGAUAGGUUUAGGGUCUUCCUCAGGUGGGUCCUCUCUGAACUGAGUUUGAAUGUCAAGAAGCAUUACCCCCUGGGUGAACAGCCGCAGGUAGAGAGGUGUGUAAACAGUCCAAGCAAGGACUGAUCUUAGCAGUAAAUGGGACCUGGGAUGAAUCACAAUCUGUUUCUAUCUUGUCUGUCCUCCCCUCUCCUUUUCUUGGGGCUGAUCUUUCCUGAGUUUGGCUUCAUAUGGAGCUACUGAGAAUUUUGGGGCACCUGCAGCCCAGCCCUGCUCCAUCCAGGUUCACCAAGGCUGGGGAAAUGUUGAGUCGCUGACUUGAGUCCCUGAGGGUUCAAAUCCUGAGCCAGUCUGGAAACUGCCUGGGUUUUAGGCAGGCACUUUAAUGUGCUUUCUCAGACCUCCUAAGUCCUUUCUGAAGCCUUCUGUUCUCUAUGACUCAGAGUGUUUUGUGAGCAUUUGGCUCCUAAUUUAAGAUCUUACAUAGAUGAGAUGAGCUGAGGGGAUGGGGGUACGGGCUAAUAAACACGAAUGACCAUGAAACAGGGAGCGUGGCUUUGUCUUCAAGAUCCGGAAUUCCUUCCCUUGUUUGCUGAGUCCCCACAACUUCUGAGUCCAUGAUUCUGUCUAGGCAAUUGAUAUGCUUCCUGGGGGGAGGGGUCCCCUGGAAAGUGCUUGUGACCUCAUAGUUUCCUGCUUGAAAGCAGUACCUGUGAAGGGCUUGGAAUUUCUGGUCUUUCUGUAAUAAAUUUUUCUGUGAUCUCAAAAUA